AUGGCGGCGGCCGCGCCCAGGGACCCAGCUCAGGGUAUGAAUUUUGAGGACGUGGCCAUUGACUUCUCCCAGGAGGAAUGGGGGCUCCUUGAUGAAACUCAGAGACUCCUGUACUGUGAUGUGAUGCUGGAGAACUUUGCACUUGUAGCAUCGCUGGGCUUUGGGCAUGGGAUGGAAGAUGAGGAGGCCCCUUCUAAGCAGACUAUGUCUGUAGGAGAGUACCAGCUCAGGGCUUUUCAGACAGGUCUCUCCACACAGAAGAUCCACCCCUGUGAGAUGUGUAUCCCAGCCUUGAAAAAUAUUUUGCACCAUGCUGAGCACCAAACAAUAUACCCUUGGCAGAAACCAUACUUGGGUGCCACAUGUGUGAGAUGCUUCUCUUUCCAUGCAGACCUUCACCAGCAACAGAGGCAUGACAGUCGGGAGAAGCCCUGGAAGAGAGAUGUGGACAGGGCCUCGCGUGUGACAAGCUGCAACUUCUGUGUGUCAGGGCAGCCUUUCACAUGUAGGAAGGUUGGAGAGGACUUCCCAGCGACCUCGGGACAUCUUCAGCUCCAGACCAGUCCCAACAGUGAGGAGCCACACCGUGGCAACCAGAGUGGAGAGGCCUUUCACAGCGGAAAAAGUCAGUACAACGGGGGUGAAUGUGAAAAAGCUGCCAGCCACAACCAUGCACUUGAUCAACAUCAGAAUAUUUGCUCUGGAGAAGGGCUUUAUGAGUGUAGCAAAUGUGGGAAAGCCUUCAGCUCGAACUACAGCCUUGUGCAGCACCAACAAAUUCACAGUGGACAAAGGCCAUAUGAGUGUGGUGAAUGUGGGAAAUUCUUGAGCCAAAUCUCUGGCCUUAUUAAAGACUGGAUAAUUCACAAACACUGGAGAAUUCACACUAGAGAAAGAACUUAUGAAUGCAGUGAAUGUGGAAAAGUCUUUAUCCACAGAUCUAAACUCAUUCACCAUCAGAGACUACACACUAGAGGAAUGCAUUAUGGGUGUGGUGAAUGUGGGAAAUCUUUCAGCUACAAAUCCAACCUCAUCGAACACUGUAGAGUUCACACUAGAGAAAGGCCUUAUGAGUGUAGUGAAUGUGGGAAAUCCUUUAGACAAAGCUCUAGCCUUUUCCGACACCAGAGAGUUCACACUGGAGAAAGGCCAUAUAAUUGCAGCGAAUGUGGGAAAUCCUUUAGACAAAUCUUUAACCUCAUUCGUCAUGGGAGAAUUCACACUGGAGAAGUGCCUUACAAGUGUAGUGAUUGUGGGAAAUCUUUUAGCUGCAAAUCUGAACUCAUUCAACACGAGAGAAUUCACAGUGGAGAAAGGCCUUAUGAGUGCAGUGAAUGUGGGAAGUUCUUUAGACAGUUCUCUAACCUCAUUCGACACCGGAGUGUUCAUACUGGAGAAAGGCCUUAUGAGUGCAGUGUUUGUGGGAAGUCCUUUAGCCGUAAAUUUAUCCUUAUUCAACAUGAGAGAGUUCACACUGGAGAAAGACCUUAUGAAUGCAGUGAAUGUGGAAAAUCCUUUACCCGAAAAUCUGACCUCAUUCAACACCAGAGGAUUCAUACUGGCACAAGACCUUAUGAGUGCAGCGAAUGUGAGAAAUCUUUUAGGCAACGCUCUGGUCUUAUUCAACACCGGAGAGUUCAUUCUGGAGAAAAGCCGUAUGAGUGUGGGGAGUGUGGGAAAUCCUUUAGCCAAAGUGCUAGCCUUAUUCAACACCAGAGAGUUCACACUGGAGAAAGGCCUUACGAAUGCAGUGAAUGUGGGAAAACCUUUAGCCAAAGUUCUAGCCUCAUUCAACACCAGAGAGGUCACACUGGUGAAAGGCCUUAUGAGUGCAAUGAAUGUGGGAAGCCCUUUACCCACAAAUCUGACCUCAUUCAACACCAGAGAGUUCACACUGGGGAAAGACCUUAUGAAUGCAGCGAAUGUGGGAAAUCUUUUAGCCGCAAAUCUAACCUCUUUAGACACAGGAGAGUACACACUGGAGAAAACCCUAAUCCAAUGACAUCUAAGCCAGCACUCUGGUCCAAGAACCCUCACCUCGACUAUGACGGCAGCCUCCACCCUGGUCUUCCUGCCUCCGCCCUCGGCCCGUAUCUUUACUUCACGCCACAGCAGGAUGGAUCCCGUCAGGACCUUGCGCUUCUGCAGCGGCGGGAAAUGGGGCGAGUCCGGCCCAGCCUUCGGCCAACAAGACCACGGCGGGUUCCACGGACUCAAAGCCCCCGGGAUCCUCGCCCGGCCCUGAAGACUGACUCGGCGGGCUGGCAGUUCAAGCUCUGUGCCUCAGGGCUCAGUAUCGUCCCUGAGGACGUGCCCCGCAACUGGAGCCCGCUCCCGCACGCCAGCAGGCCGGCGCUCACACACCGGGCCCCGCACGCCGGGGCCGGGGCCGCAGGGACGGGAGCAGGCGCCCCGCGCUCGGCCUUUAGGGUCUGGGUGGGGAGAGGGCGGGGAGGGCCCGGGGGACGAGCGCUUACCUCAGCCCGGUGCCCGGGCGCGACGGCCGCCAUCGGACUCGGUGGGCGGAGCGGACACCCGGACCCGCGGUCCCCGUCCCGGCCCCGCCGGAAGUCCCGCCCGCACUGUGCGGGCCACGAACGGAAGAGCCUCUUUGUCGCUUUCAUUGGAGAGCAAUGCUGCCGCUCGACUCUUCGCAUUCUGGAGGUCGAUGGGAAUGUCUUACGCGCGUCCUGUGUGUCUGUGAACUACAUUACCCAGAAGAGCGCGCGUCGAUGGACUGCAUCUCUGACCAAUGAAGCGCAGGUUCAGGAUCGGGGUGACUCACCGAGAAGGCGCGAGGGAAGACGGUGUCGCCGCCGCACACACUUGGGUCCGCGGCUGGCGACGCCGCCCGGGCUACCCCGCGCCGGGGGCCUAGACGGGGACCGCCGGUCCGGGUGUCCGCUCCGCCCACCGUGUCCGAUGGCGGCGGCCGCGCCCCGGGACCCGACUCAGCAGGGCACUGUGACCUUUGAGGACAUUGCUGUGUCCUUCUCCUGGGAGGAAUGGGAUCUUCUUGAUGAGGCUCAGAGACACCUGUACCAGGAUGUGAUGCUGGAGAACUUGGCGCUUAUAACCUCCCUGGGUUGUUGGCAUGGAGCAGAGGAUGAGGAGGCACCAUCUGAGCAGAGCAUUUCUGUAGGAGUGUCACAUGUCAGGGCUCCCAAGACAGGUCUUUUUCCCCAGAAGGCCAACCCCUAUGAGGUGUGUGGUCCAGUCUUGAAAGACAAUUUUUACUUGGCUGAGCACCAGGAAACACAAUUCAGUCAGAAAGUGUACACUGGUGGGACACAUGGGAAAAGAUUCUGUUUCAGCGAAAACCUUCAGCAGCAGCAGAAGCAGCAUGUGAGCGAUAAGCCCUUCGGUAACAAUGUAAGCAGAGCUUCAGUGGUCAAGAGCUGCAGAUUGCAAGUGUCAGGGAAGCCCUUUAUCUGUGGGGAGAUUGGGAAGGAUUUCUUGGCCAGCUCAGGAUUCCUCCAGCAACAGGCCACACAGACUGGAGAGAAGUCAAACAAUGCAACUGAAUGUGGGGCGGCCUUCCAGAAGGGAAAAACUCAACACCGCUGGGGAGACAGCACAGAAGCUUUCAGCCACAAGCACACAUUUGUUCAUCACCAGAGAGUCCGCCCUGGAGAGAGAUGUUACAUGUGCAGUGAAUGUGGGAAAUCUUUUAGCCAUAACUCUAGCCUUAUUAAACAUCAGAGAGUUCACACAGGAGAAAGGCCUUAUGAGUGUGGGGAGUGUGGAAAAUCCUUUAGCCAGAGCUCCAACCUCUUUCAACAUCGGAGAGUUCACACUGGAGAAAGGCCUUACGAGUGCAGUGAAUGUGGGAAAUCUUUUAGCCAAAGCUACAGCCUCAAUAACCAUCGGAAAGUUCACACUGGAGAAAGGCCAUUUGAGUGUGGAGAAUGUGGCAAAUCCUUCAGUCAAAGAUCCAACCUCAUUCAACAUCAGAGAAUUCACACUGGAGAAAAGCCUUAUGAGUGCAGUGAGUGUGGGAAGUCCUUUAAUCAAAGUUCUGCGCUCCUGCAACACCAUACCGUUCACACCGGAGAACGGCCCUAUGAGUGCAGUGAAUGUGGGAAAUCCUUUACCUACAAUUCCAGUCUUUUAAAACACCAGAAAGUCCACACAGGAUCAAAGCCUUAUGAGUGCAGUGAAUGUAGGAAAUCUUUUAGCCAGAAUUGCAGCCUCGUUCUACAUCUGAGAGUUCACACUGGAGAAAGGCCUUAUGAGUGCAGCAAAUGUGGAAAAUCUUUUAGCCAAAGCUCUGCGCUCCUUAAACACCAGAGAGUUCACACUGGAGAAAGGCCAUAUGAGUGCAAUGAGUGUGGGAAGUCCUUUAGGCGAAGCUCCAACUUCAGUGACCAUCGGAGAGUUCACACUGGGGAAAGGCCGUAUAAGUGUAACCAGUGUGGGAAAUCCUUUAGUAAAAGCUCUGGCCUCACUCGACACCAGAGAGUUCAUACUGGAUUGGGCAUUAUAAAUAUCUUGAAUGAGAAAGCCAUUAGCCGAAGCCCUUACCUCAUUGAUUACCACAAAAUUCACAUGGGAGAAACAACUUAG